AUACAAUUCAAACAAACAGAGAAUUACAACGUCGAGAUCAAGGAUACAAAAUUUGGUUACAUAGUUCAGGCAUUGUAGUACUUUGUUUUGGUUCUUAGCAAAUAUGUCCAGUGCAAAGCAAAAUCUCAAGGAAGGGCAAUCCCAAGGCAAGGGCGAGGCCAUGGCUGACGAGUGGAUGCAAUCCACAAAGGAUACAGCGAAUGCAGCCAUGGACAAGACUGCUGAUGCAGCUCAAUCAGCUAAGAACUCUGCCCCAGAAAACAAGGAGCAAGCUGCCGGCUUCCUCCAGCAGACAGGAGACCAGGUAAAAGGCAUGGCUCAGGGCGCAAUGGACACUGUCAAGAGCACACUUGGAGUGAGUCAUGACAAGCAAUGAAACAAAACCACCUAUUGCACGGGUCUCCUCUCGUAAUGCAUGCUGCAUUGAACGCAUGUUGGAUUUAGGUUUUCUCUAGGUUUUUGCUUUCACAUGGUCGAUCUGAUCAUUCUUUUCAAAAGAACUCUUCAGUCGGUUGUACUAGAGCCUUUUGAUUUUCAUACUUUUGCCAGCUUCUUCAUUGUAAUAGCAGAUGUAAUAAAGGCUUAACAAUAAUGCAAACGUAAUAAUAAUACUGUGUUGCCCAGA